AUGGAUGACGGGAUGUUCUGGCGCGUGAACAGAACAAUGGACGCGGUUUUUGGGGCUGAUGUGAUUGACAAAAACCUCUUCAGUGGUUGCUAUGGUAUGGAGUUUGUGCUGGAAUGGCUCGACAAGGCUCGAAAGCAUGCGACAUGGGAUAACACUUCAGAUCAGCUUAUCAAUAUCAAACUCGAAAAUAUCCGUGAAGCGCUCAUCAAACAUGGAGCCCUGCUUCCUGAACCCCGUCAUCGUCCUGCACCUAGUCCUAAGGCCACAAAGGGAAAAAAACGACGAGUGAUCUCUGAGACAUUAGUUUCACCGAUCAAAAUAGUUGAAAAAGAAGGUUUAUCCCCUCCAGCCAAGCGGUUACAAAUCGAGUCAAAAUCAUCAAGAUCUGUUGAUCAUUCAAAUACCGAGAAUGAAAAUACUAGCGACGUCGAAAUCCUAUCUUGCUCUAUUGUACCUUCCGCCAAACCAAAGCAGUCAAAAUAUCAAACUUCCUCAACAUCUGUUGGCCAUUUGGACACUGAGGAAGAAAAUACUAGCGACCUCGAGAUCAUAUCUUGCUCUAUUGUAAAUUCCAAAAAACAUAAGCCGUCAAAAUCGUCGUCCUCUACUAAAGCAGUCUCAUCAAACUUGAAGUCCGCCAAGAAAAAUUCUAAAUCAGCUCCUACGAUUCAAAAUCAUCACACGAGUAACUCAAAAUCGAAGACUUUGAAGACUUCGGUGCACAGCACCAGGCCAGUUUCAACGGUGUUGACCGGCUGCCCACUCACAAGUGGAGAGAUGAUAUGUACACGAUGCAAACUAAAAGAUGACGAUAACGGACUUGAGUUUCUGUGCCAUUGUGGCCACAAGGGUAUCAAACUUUAUGGAGGUCGGGCUCAGAAUGCAGAAGUUCACUGGGCAUCAAAUAGAUGUACCUCUGCAACUCGCGAGAUACGACAGACUGCUUCUGCAUCCCUAUUCUUUGCAAAAUCCGUCCCGAACAAAGAGCCUAUCAUCUCCAAACCUCUCAUCCCAUGCGCUGGGAUAAAUGAUAAGACCUGGAAGCGACCAAAGGCAACACGAGAUAUUCUUGCUUGUAUUAAGGGUGCUUCAAAUAUUUACCACGGCUGUCGGCCUCGAGAAGUUAUAUGUAAAGAGAUGUUUGGCUUUUCAGCUCACAGCAAACUAGAUGAUGAUCAGAGACAGCGCUGGCAGAAUCAAUGCAAAGCCGAAGCAACAUGGUGGAUUAAUCGUAGCUCACCUUUCCAAACCAUUCAUUCGACCAAAUGCCUGGGUACUCUCCCUCGAGUCUUACUCCAGGGUAUGCAUCCUGAAGUAUGUACACCCUGUUGGGAUUUACGAAAGGAUUCAACUCUUAAGAACGCAAUAAACAAAGACUAUUCAGUCGGCGAAAGCGUCAAAUAUACCAGCCGAGCUUUGAUGGAGCCCGAUCUCUUGAAUGCCAAACGUCGACAAUACGAACAUCUUGAUGCUUUAUCAAGUUAUGUUGAGAAUCCAUCGAAGUCGGGCGAUCAAAAGUUCUGGCAAGGUUUUACUGCGAUGGCACUUGAGGGAAAGUUUGAUAACAAUGAUGUCCUAAAGGGUUUACUUAUGGCUGUUACCAAUCGUCAAAAGAGGGAAAACGAAGGCAAGGGACUUACUGGGAUGCAUUUCGAACCUUACUUUGACGACUUCAUAAUGACUCUCGCCGCCAUCAGUCCCAAAUGUGCAGAUUUGUUUACUGAGACUCUGGCCGGACGUGGACCACGAAGCCGACGCUACAUACGUGCAAAUGAAGAUUUGCAGAUGGCAGAAGGUCUGGCGCUAUCCAACUUCGCACGAGUCAAGAAGCACCUUCAGGAGAUCGGGUACGAUGGACCUGUGUCAGUGGGAACCGACGAAACCGUGUGUGUUAAAGCCCUUCGUGUCAGUGGAGAAUUCAUAGUAGGUUCUCAAGGAGGAGACGUACACUUUGAGUCGAUGCAAGACCUUACAGCUAAAGUUAAGGACUUGAUCUCGCACAAACAAUUGUGCUCAAAAAUUCGUGCUUAUACUGUUCAGGUACCACUACCUGGUGUUCCAACUUAUGUUGUUGCCCUCUUACCAAGUAACCAGAACGAAACCGCUGAGGAUGUCUGUAUAAAGCACGAGUCCUUCCUUACUCUCGCGCAAGACGCCGGUCUUAAAGUUCUAUCGCUUGGCUCCGAUGGUGCGGCCACUGAGAUGUAUCCACAUCAAAAUCCCGCUGUUUGGAAGCAAUCAGAUACCUCUGGUGAUUGUGCAAGACCCAAAACAUGCACGCAAGACAGGAGCCAAUCAACUACUGUCUGGAGCUCGACUGCUUGCGUUUGGUAA